AUGAUACCUGAUCUAUCGACAUCACCAUCAACGCCAGCUCUGGAUAAACUUGUUGCAUCCUUUCAAAAUUCCGGAACGUCAAAAGAGCAGCGCGACCCCUUUGCUAGGAUGAUCUCGGAGGAAUCUCGGAAAAGGAACAUUGCGGCAAACGCUGGACCUGGCGCAAUGAAUGGCGCAAACAGUCCUGCGCAACCUUCGCAUACAUAUGUAUCUUCGCAAACCCCGGUACCGUUGCCCAACUACGCAACGACCCAGAGGCAAGCACCCAGUGCUUCGCAAGCACAAUCGCGUUCUUCCAUGCCACCUGGACAGCACCGUUCAUCACCCAUGCAGCCUGGCACAUCGUAUCAGAGACCUUCGCAACCGCACGCAAUGCAGAAUGGAAAUGAUGCACAAACUCCGUUGCGGGCACACUUGUCACCAGAAGCACAGCGCAAUCAGCCUACUAAGGAAUUCUUGAAUGACUACCAGGCCUUGAUUGCUUUGGUUGACAGGGUACCUGCGACAGUCGUUCGACAAGCCAUUCGUGACAGAUGGGAAAAGUCCAUUAUGGGUUCUCAGUACCAUAUUGCUUUUUUGCUGAAUGCAACCAUGCACCAAGCAUCUUCUGAGACCAUUGGCAAGGCUGUCGAGGAUUUUGGUGCUAAUCUUGUUCAGAAAGCAAAGCACGAGCUUGUGGGCCAUCUCAGCCCUUCUGACGUUGACGAGUUGGCGGACUCGAUUCUUGCUCGUGCCGGUCCGCAGUUCCUCGACAGAAUUCUUGCUAGGCGCCUUGAGACAAUAUCAGCACGGCAGCUUGUUAACGCCUUGGCGCGCGCUGAGCGUCUAGGCUACAAUCUCCGGGACAUUGUCCGGGAGCAUGAUGAGCAAGUUAUUACAUCUAUGGACUCGGUACUCACGCCAUCUACAAUGCCUCCCGCAAAUGAAACAUUGCAUGUGCGGCACUACCAGCCUCGAGUCAUUCCUUCACAGCAGCUACAGCAGCCUCAGCCUCAGCCUCAGCCGCCGAUGGCACACCCUCCCACCCGAGCACCACCCGCAAAGGUUUCGUCGCCUUCCGACCUUCCUAUGGGUCCGAAGGAACUCGUGUGGUGCAAUUGUGGCUGGCCGUGUGCCUCCUCGACGGCCCUUAGUUACCAUAAGAAGAAGGGCGCUUGCUACAAGAUUCGUCCGACCGACCAGGCGGGAAGAGACAUAUGCCUCCUUUGUGGGUGCAGGUUCGGCAGCAGCGGCGGGUUACUGUACCACGAGAAGUCUGAGGUCUGUGGAGAGCAUAAUCAAGAGAUUCGCCAGAAAAUGCUCAAUCUAAUUGAGUACUUCCGUACACAUGGAAAAAAGACACAUUACCGUGCUGCUCAUUCAUUGAUGACUCCUCGAGCUCAAGCAAAAGCACCAUCAACUGUGCAUCAUGCAGCUUUGGCCACGCCAACUCAGUCAUCCAGCACUCCUCAGCGCGAUCCGUAUGCGCAUCUUACACCCGACCAGCACAGAGAAUUCAGCGCCAUCAUGAAGGAUGCUGAAGAGAAAUACGGAGGCCUCAUGAGGGAGGCGCAGCAUCUCGCCGAACCGGAGAGACAAAAGCGCCUGGCGAGCCUGAAGAAUUCUUACAACACAAAACAAAGCACGACCCGUAAGAAGUUUGGCAUUCGUCUGCGCGAAAGACGCACUCGAGACGAGAUCGAGGCCGAGGAGGCCAGACUUUUCCACAGUCCAAGAGGCGGGGGAACGCCGACAAAUGGAACUCCUGUUGUUGACCGCGAAUCUCAUCCGAAGAAAAGGCCUCGGACCGAUGAUAUGGAAGCGGCCCCAUCAGCAAUUGGAACAAAUGGCAACCAAGAGCGCCCACAGAAGAGAGUCUCCAGGGCGGAGAUGGGUGGUGGUUUAUCUGGAUCACAAGCGACUGCAGAGCUUACUGAUCCUACAGCGCAUCUGUAUCCGCCCCAGCCACGGUACACGCCCCAGAAGUCAUCUGCUCCCAGACCAUCCUGGCCUUCAAACCGGGCUGGGGCAGCUGUGAGAGGGACUCACGACGAUCCCAUGUCACUUGACGAUGACGACUCUGAUUCAGACAGCGACAGUGACAGCGACGACGAUGGUGAUAUUCCAGCCACUCUUGACUAA